AUGGCGGCCCGCACAAAGCACGACUGGGCGGAUGACGAGGACAUUGAGGAGACGACCAACGACCUGCCGCCGCCCCAGAAGAUCCAGAACAAAGACGGCAGCACGACCAUCAUUGAGUACCGCUACAAUGAGAACGGCCAGAAGGUCAAAACGACGCGGCGCAUCCGGUACAUCACCCAUCGCGAGGUGGUGAGCCCGCUGGUGGCGGAGCGCAAGACAUGGGCGAAGUUCGGCGCCUCGGCUAAGGACCCCCCGGGCCCAGCCUCCGAUACCACCUCCGUCGGCGAGAACAUCAUCUUCCGCCCCUCGGUCAACUGGAAGAAGGAGGCCAAAGACGAGAGCAAGGACCCCAACGCUCAGGCUAUGAAGGACAAGCUCAAGGACAAAAAAGUCAAGUGCCGUAUCUGCAACGGCGAGCACUUUACUGCCCGCUGCCCGUACAAAGACACGAUGGCGCCCAUCGGCGAGACUGCCCCUGCCGAUGUCGCUGCUGGUCUGGGUGACGAGGCUCCCGGUGCGGCCGGUCCCGGCAAAAAGGGAUCAUACAUUCCCCCUGCCCUGCGUGCUGGUGCGAGACCCGAGGGCGAUCGGUUGGGUGGCAAGUAUGGCGAGCGGGACGACAUGGCGACCCUCAGAGUCACAAACGUCUCGGAGCUUGCGGAAGAAUCGGAGCUGCGCGAGAUGUUCGAGCGCUUCGGCCGUGUCACUCGUGUGUUCUUGGCCAAGGACCGCGAGACUGGUCUGGCCAAGGGCUUCGCCUUCAUCAGCUUUGCGGAUCGCGCCGACGCCGUGCGGGCAUGCCAGAAGAUGGACGGCUUUGGUUUCAAGCAUUUGAUCCUCAGGGUAGAGUUUGCCAAGAAGGCUCAGUAA